AUGUGGUGGUCUUUUGGCGACAAGUUUCAUCCUAAAAGGGAGGAGAAUAUGGUGGUCUUUUGGGAGGAGAAGAUGGUGGGUUUUGGUGGUUGGAAGUUUCGACCCAAAAUGGAGGAAAAGUUGUAUAAAAAUGGAGGAAAAAAUGGUGGUUUUAUGGUGGAAGAGGGUUGGUCUUUGGCUCGCAGCUUUCAGCCCAAAAAUGGAGAAAAAGAUCUUGGUUUUGUGGAGGAGGUGGGCUGGUUUUUUGCUUACUUUUAUAGAGGAGGGGCUGGUAUAUUCGGCAUGGAGGAGAAGUCUGGUGUGUUUGGUUACAAUGAAGGAAGAGGAAGUUUGAGCACAAUGGAGGUGGUGGUGUUUGGAUUGAAGAAGGAAAGGAAGUUUCGACUAAAACAGAGAGGAAUGUUUGACUGGUAUGAAGGAGGAGGAGAUAUGGUCAAGUGGAGGGAAAGAACGAGUGUGUUUGUGUGGAGGAUACGAUUUGGCCAAGUAGAAAGAGUUUCGGUUGAAAAGAUGGAGAGGGUCGUGGCAAAUUUUUUAAAGGAUGAUGUGUGGAGUAUUCAAUCUUUAGCUUGUGAAGAAGUUGGCACAAUUUCACUGACAUUGCUCCUGUGGAAGAAAAGUACUGAGUAUGCCUCGAGAAAAAGGAAAGUAGUUUGUCCCGAGAAUAUUUUGGGUGGGGAUGCUCUCGAGUUAGAAUAUCAUG